GUACCUCUCGCAUGCUAAGCGAGCGCUCUACCAUCUGAGCUACAUCCCCGAACUUGAAAGCUCUCCUCUGUUCCGACUCAUGAGGCACUCAGUACAUACAGUAACUUGUAAACUUGUGUCUUGUGGUGAGGUAGCUAGUUCAAAUUGUUGGUUUCACUUCCACUCCGGUCCGGCAGAGCCCAUCAGCAGUCCCAAAAUGUUGAGACGACUACUCCUACAAGCCUCCACUACUCGUCGCCUUGCCGGUGCCCACUUCACUCCACCAUCUCCACCUCCUUUACUUCGUUAUCGUCCACUUUCUUCUUCACCCCAAAUCCCAGAGACUCAUUUGGAGGACAACCCUGACCAACCCUCUGCCACCAUCUCCAUCGACCGCUCCGGCCUAUGCAAUCCCCUCGAGCAUUCCCAUGAACCCUGUUCCGACUCCGAGCUCGUCAAGCACCUCAAGGGCAUCAUCAAGUUCCGCGGUGGCCCAAUCUCGGUGGCUGAGUAUAUGGAGGAGGUUUUGACGAACCCGAAAGCUGGGUUCUAUAUGAACCGUGAUGUGUUUGGAGCCGGAGGUGAUUUUAUCACCUCUCCAGAAGUGAGCCAGAUGUUUGGGGAGAUGGUUGGUGUUUGGGCGAUGUCUCUGUGGGAGCAGAUGGGGCAGCCAGGAAAAAUGAACCUAGUAGAGCUAGGUCCAGGAAGAGGAACUCUCAUGGCCGACCUUCUUCGGGGUGCGUCGAAGUUUAAGAACUUCACUGAAUCGUUGCAUGUACACAUGGUGGAGUGCAGUCCUGCAUUACAGAAGCUCCAGCACCAGGCCCUGAAAUGUGUAGAUGAAGAGGGUAUGGCUGACACGGCUGAGAAAAGGACUGUUAGCACUUUGGCUAAAACUCCUGUGUCAUGGCAUGCCACAUUCGACCAGGUUCCUUCAGGAUUGCCAUCUAUUAUCAUCGCCCAUGAGUUUUAUGAUGCUUUACCAGUUCAUCAAUUUCAGAGGGCUUCUCGUGGCUGGUGUGAGAAAAUGGUGGAUGUUGCAGAAGAUUCAAAGUUCCGUUUUGUUCUUUCUUCACAGCCUACACCAGCAACGCUUUAUCUGGCAAAACGCUGCAAAUGGGCUGGAAUGGAAGAAAUAGCGAAGCUUGAUCAUGUUGAGGUUUGCCCUGCAUCAAUGGAGUUGACUCAAAGUAUUGUUGAUAGAAUUGCUUCUGAUGGGGGUGGUGCUCUUGUAAUUGAUUAUGGUCAGAAUGGAGUAGUCUCUGACAGUCUGCAGGCAAUUCGGAAACAUAAGUUUGUUGACAUUCUAGAUGAUCCAGGAUCAGCUGAUCUCAGUGCCUACGUUGAUUUUGCUUCCAUCAGGCAUUCUGCUGAGGAAGCUUCAGGAGAUGUGUCUGUUCAUGGCCCUAUUACUCAGUCUCAGUUCCUUGGCUCUCUUGGGAUAAAUUUCCGAGUGGAAGCAUUAUUACAGAACUGCAGGGAGGAACAAUUUGAAUCUCUCAGGUCAGGGUAUUGGCAACUGGUUGGAGAAGGUGAGGCUCCCUUCUGGGAGGGUUCUGACGAAAAAGUUCCCAUCGGAAUGGGUACCCGUUAUUUGGUAAUGGCCAUUGUGAACAAGAAGCAAGGUGUUCCAGUCCCAUUUUAGUGACCUGGAGAAAUUUAGCAUUUAGGUCUGGGUAUUGGCAAGUGGUCGGACAAGGCGAGGCUUACCGGCGGUGGCCUGAUGAACAAGUUUCCAUCGGAAUCGGUACCCGUUAUUCGGCAAUGGCUAUCGUCACAAGAAGCGAAGUAUUCCGGUUCCAUUUUAGC